AUGUCUUCAUAUGCAUUGAGUGGCCUGUCCUUUGGAUUGGGAGAAACUUUAAGUGUGUUAAAUGAUUUAAACACGAUUCCCCUUUCAGAAAAAUUGUUUCACUUUAACUCCAAUGAAAAUAACAACAUCGGUGGUAGCAGCAUCAACAAUAACAGCAGUAACAACAAUAACAGCAGUAACAACAAUAACAGCAGUAACAACAAUAACAGCAAUAACAGCAAUAACAACAAUGACAAGGUCGAGGUUAGAGGGGAAGGUAGCAGCGAGCGAAGCAAUGAAAAGAGUGCUAACGUGAAUAAUGAAAUUAAGAACGGGGCUAACCAAGUAUCUCAGGAAUGCACGACCUAUAAUAUGGAAAAAGAUGUUAAGAAAAAAAGAAAAAAAAAAAAAUUAGAUGCCAUGGAAAAGUUGUUAUAUGAACUAACGAAUGGAAAUUUCAAAGCAGAAAAACAUUAUGUGUAUACACCAGAUGGGUAUAGACUAAAUUUAUAUAGAAUUGUAAGUAACAAUAAAGAUGUAAAAGAUGAUUUUAAUAAGAAAAAAGAAGUAUUUUGUUUAAAUCACGGUCUAUUCGAGUCUUCCAUUAGUUAUAUAUGUAAAGGUUAUGAAUCUUUAGCUUUUCAUAUCUACUCAAAUAAUUAUGAUGUAUGGAUCAUUAAUAAUAGAGGAAAUAAUUUUACAAAAUUUGUUGGAAAAAACCAAGCCUUAAAAAAGUUAAAGGAAAUGUAUAGUCUACAAGAUUUAAAAGAUAUUGGUGUAGAUAUCAAUGAAAAAGAUAUGGAACAGAUUGAUAGCACUGCUGAAGGAACAGAAUCUAGUAUUGAAAAUGAUAAUCAUUGUAAUAACUGCUCUUCUCAUGGUAUCGACGUUGAAGGUAAUAAAUGCAUAAAAGAAAAAAGAAACCAACAAGAUGGGAAAAAAAUGAAGGAAGAUGAUAAAAAAAAAAAGAAAGCAAACUUAAGAAGAGGAGAAAUUACUAGUGGAAAUAUUUGCUGCACUACAGUCACCUCUAUCGAGAUAGAUAAUGAAGAAGGGAAGAAAAAGAAGACAGAAUGUAUAGAUUCCAAUCAAACUUGCUCACGUUACGAAUCAAAUUAUGAUAAAUUAUGCAUAAAAGACACACCUUCUUCAGGAGAAAGUAGAAUUCAAGGGAAUGGAGGCAUGUCAGAACAUAAUUACAAAUCAAUGUCAGAAAAUACUAAUGAAGUGGAUGACAAAAAAGCGUGUACAAGUAGAAGCAGUAAUGAAGGAACCACACAAGGGAACAAUGGUGACAUAAUAAAAAAUUGUGCAUUCAUGGAUUCUUUUAGAAAAACAAAAAACAAAACAGAUGCAGAUGAUAAAGGAUUGGCUGGAUGUGGUACAGUUUUGAGUAUUGAUGGGGAGGAGGUCAGUACACAACCUAGCGAUGAUAAUAACACGGACUUAACAGAAUAUGAUUAUGAUAAGUUAUAUAGUAAUGUAGAGCUUGGUGAUGAAGAAUCCAAUGAAACAAUUAACGAUGAUUCAGAGUGUGAAUCGAACAUGUUUUGUAACUGCCCUUACAUACCAAAUGAGGAAGAAAAUGAUAAUUUAAACGAGGAAACAAUCAAUACAGAACAUGAUAAUGAUGAUGUUGAAGAAUUGGUAAAAAUAAAUAAAGAUAACAAUGACUUUGAUGGAAAUAGUGGCGAUGAUGAUGAUGAUAUAGAGGCACAUGAAGCAGAUGCAGAGAACUGGACAUUCGAAGAUAUGGGAACUAAAGAUAUUCCAACAGUUAUAAAAUAUAUUCGAAAAAAAACAGAAAAAGAAAAAAUUACCUAUAUUGGAUUUUCACAAGGGAGUAUACAAUUUUUAGUAGGUUCGUUCUUAAAUGAAUAUGUAAAUAAGAGUAUUAAAAAAUCGUAUUUAUUAGCCCUACCCAUUAUAUUGAAAAAUAAAUAUGAAUUACUUAAUUCAAUUAAAAUGUUAGUAGCUAUUUCCAGAUGGCAUAAAGGUAUUAUCAGCAGUAAGAUAUUUAUUCAAAAAAUUUUACCACAAAAAGUAUGUUCUACAAUUAUAUCUCACAUAGCUGAUUUAUUUACUCGUAAUUUUUUUAAAUAUUAUACAGAAAAUGUAGACAACAAUUACAAGAAAUUAUACUAUCUUCACACUCCAAGUGGAUUUACAUCGAAAGCCAACAUGAAAAAAUGGUGUUCAUCUUUUCAUGAUGGACCCGUUACAGAUGUUAUGGAGAAGUAUGCCAAUACUGAUAAGGCUUCCUCUUUUCCUAUAACUCUUAUUUUUGGUAUGAAGGAUAGCUUAGUAGAUACACCAAAAUCUAUUGAAUACAUGAAAAAAAAAAUUCCCCAAGAUUAUUUGAAAAUAAUUGUUGAACCAGAAUGGUCACACAUGGAUCCUAUAUUAGGGGACAGCAAGAAUGUUGUUCUCUCCUGCAUUUUGGAUGACAUACCAAAGGAGGAAACUUCUGCCAAUACCAUCCCCUCUGACCACACCGAUGUGGAAAACUGA